AAGAGAAGUGACGGAAGCAGAUAUAAUUAUUAAUCAGGUGGCUAAGAUAGCGUAGAUAUUCCCUCACCUCUCGAUCUGCUUGACCAUGGAUAGUGGCGCUGCUGCUCCAACUCUGUUCCCGCUUCAUCGCUGCAAAACCAUUCACCUGGUCAGGCAUGCGCAGGGGAUCCACAAUGUCGAGGGAGACAAGAACUACAAGGCUUACAUGAACCCCGAUUACUUUGAUGCUCAUCUCACCCACUUGGGCUGGCAACAGGUUGACAAUUUGCGAAAUCAUGUUCACUCCUCCGGUCUCAUAAACAAGAUUGAUCUUGUCAUAGCGUCUCCUUUAAUGAGGACUCUACAAACAGCUGUUGGAGUGUUUGGUGGUGAAGGCUACACAGAUAAAGCGGAUGUGCUGCCUCUUAUGGUGGCAAACGCAGGAGCUUGCAAUCGAGCUGCAAUUUCAAGUCUAAAUGCCCCGCCAAUCGUUGCUGUUGAGCUUUGUCGUGAACAUUUGGGAGUUCAUCCUUGUGAUAGAAGAAGAAGUGUUAGCGAGUAUCAGUUUCUUUUUCCUGCUGUUGAUUUUUCGCUGAUAGACAGCGAUGAAGAUAUUUGGUGGAAGGCCAAUGUUAGAGAGACAAAGGAAGAACUUGCAGCUAGGGGGAUGAAGUUCAUGAACUGGUUAUGGACACGAAAUGAGAAGGAGAUAGCAAUUGUGACACAUAGUGGAUUCUUGUUUCAUACUUUGAAUGGAUUCGGAAAUGAUUGCAACCCCUUGGUGAAGAAGGAAAUAUCCAAGCACUUUGCCAAUUGUGAGCUUCGCUCGAUGGUCAUUGUCGAUAGAAGUAUGACAGGAUCAACAGCAUCAACAACCAACUAUCCAGGGAAGAUACCUCCAGGUCUGGACCUCCCUAGUGAUGUUGCAGACGAGAAACUUCCGAAAUAGGAUGUUUGGCUCUCUUUCUUAUGCUGAAUGUGUUUACUAUGAUUCAGAGAGACAUAAUCUCAAAAUCAUUAUUAAUUGAAGAUUAUGUGUCUUAGGAAAUCUAACAUGAUUGUUUCAGAUUUCAC